CAAUAACCUCAGCCAGGCACAGCCAGCCAGCCAACUGGGCAGCAGCGCCGCGCUCAUUUCCUCGCCCACCGCGCUGCCAACUUCAGUCGCUCCUUUUCUCGCACAUGCAUGCAUGCGUGAGCUGGCUGCUGUCGUGCUGUUUGUCCAUUCACUCGUCCAUUCACUCCUUUCAUUCACUUUUUGCCUUGUUUGUGCCGGCUGCUUGACUUGCAUCCCCUCCUUUUUCCCCUCCAAGGCGCACAUGUCUAUAUCUGAUCGCUGGACAAACGUACAGAUGCAAUAGUCGGUCAGUUUUAUAGCUCCUGAUUUCAUCCAAUCCAGGAGCAGCGCCGCUCACGCUCGUCGGUCAGGACAAACCGCACCACUUACAAACGCCUUCGCGCAUGUAGAGAUCAGGCCAUCUCGACACUCCCCUCUUCUCUCCCUCGUCCUUCCUUCGUAUCUCUCCUUUCGGCCACCCUCCGAAUACCCAAACAUGCCGCUGUUCUCCCGACUUAAGAACAAAGGUGCGCAGCCGGCAACCCCCACAAAACAACCUCCCUAUACCAAUGGCCAGCUCGCUGUUGCGCCUCCGCCCAAAUGGCAGUCGAAAUGGAACAGCAGGACUGUUGUGCCUGCAGAGGUGGAAGAGCUCAUUCACGCAUGUACGGCGGAGAUGAAGUCAAGAGCCGAUGCCCUCGAUCUCCCAUUCUUCUUCCUCCCCUUCCGUCCACACUCUGAUCCCUCUGGCGCACGAUCUUUCAUCGCAAACUACUUCUCGUCCAAUGCUGCCGGCUCCAAUCAGUACAAAGGCGCCUCUUUACAACGCGAGCUCCGCCUGACGGAGGUCGUUGUCCUCUGCAGCAUCCUGAAGUGGUGUUGGAGUCGCAUGCCGGGCGGUGUCGUAUCCUGGCCGGUAUACGAUGGCUUUCAAAUUGGGGAGAAAGAGGCGAACAUGGCACGCAACGCUUUCGAGACCUUCAUCCCCAUCUCCGCCGACUCCCCCGCCCGCCAACGCAUCAUCUUCGACUUCUACGACCUGCUGGCUUCGAUUGCAGCGCACGGCAAGCUGAAUGGUUUCGGGGGUCGUAAGCUGUCUCGCCUGGCAGGCUGGUGGGCGUUUGAGCAUGCCGACGAUGGCAAAGGGUUCGAGGGCGGCUACCGAUCCUGGGCCGCUGCAGCAGACGCCUCCAGCCAUCUCUUCUUCGCAUACCUCCGCACACUCUCCCCCGAGGAGCACCCAUCGAUGAGCUUGAUCGAGAGAAUACCGCGCGCGCUACAGGCUCUACUUGCAUCGACCGAGUACCCGCCCGAAACCCCUACACUUCUACAAAAGUCCACUCCCAGAGUCGUCAUGGUUGUCGACUCCGUCUCGCCUACGCCCUUCGCUCUAUUGCGUCGCGCCAGAAACUUUGAAUAUCGAUCCAGCGAUCGCGUGUUGCGGGAAUACCAGGAAUUCCAAGAUCCCGUGGAUGCGCUGACGGACGAAUGCAAGCGCGUGCUGAACGCCAUUUCUAGCAUCAACUCAUCUGCAGCCAAAUCACGACACCAAAAUGUGACUCGACCGGCAGAGGCGUGGACGAGUUUCCAGAAUAUGGGCUUCGGAGACUGGGAAGACGGCACUGCGCAGACGGAGUCGAACGGCAUGGGCUCACCCGGCAGCCCACCCUCGAGUCCAACACUACAGUCUGCGCACAAGCCAAGGGAUCUCGGACGGCCGACCACGCCGUCAUGGGCCGAGUUCAUGUCUGUGGGAUUUGCUGAAGACGACUUGAGCAAGCCCUCUGCAACAUACCUCCUGCCGCCCGACAAACAACUUCCACCGUUGGGCAGUCGGGCGCAGUCGCCGACUUUCAUCCCACAUGACCGUGAUGUUGCACCCGGAGAGCUGGCCGCGAUCAACAAUGUAGAGCUCGAUGAUGCGUUUUGGUGGGUCUGGAUGACCAGCUUGGCUGGCGAGGAGCCAGCGCAACGCAAGGCCGUCUUCGGGAGAUGCGCUGUGAUUGAGACGUCGAUCAUGCGCGGCGCGUGGCUGAUUAUGGAGGAGCAAGUCAAAGGCGCCUCGCCCGAUCCCGUGGAAGGUGCAUACAUUGCGAAGUCGAAGCGGAGCAUCUUCAGCUUCAGCAAGCGCGGAAAGCUGAAUCGCAAGGAGUCAACCAACAAGUUGAUGCCGCCUCUAUCUCCUGUCCCGCCCGCGCAAUCUCUCGCCUCCCCUACCCCGAGUAGGAGGAGUCUUGCGCCGGAUCAGCAGUCGAAGAUUAAGGAGGCCGCGGCCGCACUAAAGAAGCAAGAAUCGAAAGAUGAGGAGCUGGCGACUCGUCGGGGACGACACGGCGAGGCGUCGCAAAAGACGAACAGUGUGCUUACCAUGGGCUUGCAGAGCGCAGCAGGUCCGGCUAUGAAGUGGACGACUGCGUAUGAUCGGAGUGCCAUUCGCGCCCAGUAUCUAGGAAACCGCUUCGCCGGUACGGGAGUCAGCAGGGAGAAUCUGACAUUGCCUGCGGAUCCUGCCGAUCUUGAGGGAUACUUGAACAACUCGAGUACCGUGCAGAGGGAGCCUAGCGUGCCUCCGCCGGAACCGUCGAACAUCCUGACGAGUGACCUUGGUCGGGAACUCCCUGCAUUGCCGUCGGAGGAGCCCGCGCCCCCUCCGGCGGGUGAGGUGGAGGUGCCAACUGUGCCGCUUGCGCCGGCACCAGAGCCUGUCUCACCGGGCUUUCAUGGAGACAUGGAAGAGCACGGUUCUGCUGAUAGCGACAAGGAGAUCGUACCGGAAGAAGCGCCUGUGCAAAGGGUCACGACGCUGGACCAGGAGGCCGCGAACGCGGGAUCUUUUGAACUUAAGAGGAAGCCAGUUCCCCGCAGCAGUGAUGGCCCGCGUCCCGACAGUGUCGAGAAGCCAGUGGUUGCUACGAGUCCGCCAAUGAACCCGGCAGCUCUCGCGGCGCAACGAGCGAUGGUCUCAACGACUUCGAGCCCCGAAUCCCCCCAAGACUCUUUCAAUCCAAGAUUCCAGAAGCAAGGCGGCGGCAGCGCUCUCAGGAAGUUCUUUGGCAGGAAGAAAGAGCAGUCUGGGCGCCCGUCUGUGGAAGGCGCUCGAGUUGGUGCAGGGCUCGCUCCACCCUCCGAAUCCACCUUUGGCCGCAAGCUGUCGCUCAUGAGGAAGAAGCCCACCACGACGGCAGCGCUGCCGGUGCAGCCCUCCAAGCCGUCCCCGAUGGAAACCAUGCAUCCCAACGCCUCCGAGCUGGAGGCAGAACCCGUCGCCAUCCCACCUCACACCUCCGCCUCCUACCCCAACUCCGACUCGAACGUCUCCCAAGCCGACUCCGUCCAAGACGCAAACCCAGAACACGAAUUCGCCCGCUUCGACCAAGGCCCCACGGACACGCCCUUGCACUCCCACCCCGUCGCUUCCGCCCCAGGCAUCAUCGCGGCCCCACAAGCCCAGCGCCAAUUCAACGUCAACGAGCACCUCGCCACCAAAGCCAACGAGCACGACCGCCUGGUGCAAUAUGGACAACACGGCGACGACGGCGACGACGACGAGCACGACGAUUUGCAAUCCGAGGCUACGAUGGAGGAGCACCAGGCGAAUGCCGUCAUCGACUCCAAGGACCGGUGGGCGACGAUCCGCGAGAAUGCGGCGCGGCGCGCGGCGCAGCGUGCUUCGGAGGAGCGGAGCUCGCAGAGUCGACCUAGUGCCGGUGCAAGGACGGAGGACGAUGGGGAAACGAGUGGGGAGGAGACCAUCGAGUCCCGCGUUGCGCGCAUCAAGGCUCGAGUCGCGGAGCUCACGGGUGGGAUGGACGGCUCCGUCGCCCGUCGAGAAGUUGGGCCGCGGGGAAUCUAGCUGCCCGUUGUGGAGGUGGGCAUAAGACCAGAAGGACCACAUGCGGUGUGUGCGGGCGUUUCAGCGCAGGGGGAACCAAACUUUCUCGCGGGCUUGCGGGUUCUUAACCUUUUCUUCCUUUGAAGCGUUUUGUGUGUCUGUGUUUUCGUUUGUUGAGAUACCACUACUGUUUGUUGCAAGCCAGCAAUCGCGCAAGCAAGCAAGAAAGCGAAUCGCUUUGAUUUCUUCGUUUUUAUCUCGGGUAUUGGGCGAUGGGCUGGGUGGUUUAUCUAUAGAGCGGUUCUUACAUUGCGUGCUCGUAUCAAGUGAACUGUCUAGCAUAAGGACGGAACACGGCUUCAUACCGCCCGCCACACGCAUGAAACAAAACUCCACCCUUACCCACCCCCCUAAAAAACCCGCUCCACAAUCCCCGGCAACCCCUC